AUGCUUUUGGGGACCCUACCAUCGAGUAUGGUGGGUGCGGUGUGCCAGUCGACGUCGUUGAAAAACGAUCAUACGGCGGAGAAGGUCACAGCGGUUGGGACCCUUGAAUGCGCGAAGUGCGGAAGACUCGGAGUCAGAGAAAUCGGCGUACGAGCCGGGAUCAAAAACAUUUGUGGGUGGUGGUGUGUAGAACACUGCCAGGUUUGGUUCAACCCCGAAGUCGUGUAUGGCGUCGUCAACGCUGGAUGGGCUGUGGAUUGUGAUUGGUGGAGGUUGAGGGAGAAUGGCAUGAGGUGGGAUAGGGGUGGGGCACGGGGGGGCAGUGCGACGGAGGUAGACACUGGGGAUAACGAGGGGUUGUGCCGUGGGGAUAGGUAA